CGAUUUCCCAACAGGAUGUUAUUUGUGCGUGAUCGUCCUUGCCCUUUCCUUUUCACGAUUUCCCCGAAUUGACACGAUGAGCAAGAUUAAUCGAGAUAAUUUGAGGGAGUCCAUUGCUACUCUUCUCCAAAAGACCCAGGAUAAAAAACGUAAAUUUGUGGAGAGUGUUGAACUACAAGUGGCACUGAAGAAUUAUGAUCCACAAAAGGAUAAACGUUUUGCUGGCACCAUCAAGCUUCGCCACAUCCCAAAACCCAAGAUGAAGGUAUGCAUUCUAGGGGACCAAGUUCACUGUGACCAGGCCAAAGCUAAUGAUCUCCCUCACAUGGAUACAGAUGCCCUCAAAAAGUUGAACAAGGACAAGAAGAUGGUUAAGAAAUUAGCCAAGAGGUAUGAUGCAUUCCUUGCUUCUGACUCGCUGAUUAAGCAGAUUCCUAGGAUCCUUGGGCCAGGCUUGAACAAGGCUGGCAAGUUUCCUGCUCCUCUCUCGCAUCAGGAAUCGCUGGUUUCGAGGAUUGAAGAAACUAAAGCAACCAUCAAGUUUCAGAUGAAGAAGGUCCUGUGCCUCUCUGUAUGUAUUGGACAUGUGAGUAUGUCUGAAGAGGAUUUGUACGCCAACAUAACCCUGUCUGUCAACUUCCUCGUUUCCUUGUUGAAGAAGAAUUGGCAGAAUGUGCGUGCUCUGUACAUUAAGAGCACAAUGGGGCCAUCCUUCAGAAUCUACUAAAACCCAGUGACAUAUGUUCAAUAAAUGAGCUGAAACUGUG